AGGGGAUUUAGAUAAUACAAAUGGAAUUAUGGAAAAGGGCUCGAUUUUGUUAACUGGCGAUAUAUUUGGACGGGAAUAAUUCAUCUGGGUUCCAACUGUACACCCAAACUCGCGAAACCAGAAUGUGGGAUCUUUCAAAAUUUUAAUUUUUCUUCACUUCUAUUUUCCCAUUUAUUUUUCUAAUUAUAAUUUCGCACUCCAACCGCUUUCCGGCGCCAAUCCCCAUUUACUUUUUUUCUUUUUUAUGUGAUUUAAGUAUUUAACCUUCGUCUGAUCUUCUCCCUCCCUCCCUCCUUCUUCUUCUUCUUCUUCUUCUUCAGGAGGAGAGAGGAGAGAUCUGGAUCUCUCCAAGCCCCUUAUUUUCCUCUCCUCUCCUAACCCUAACCUCACUCGAUCCGAUUCCCGAGCUUCUUCUCCGUCGGCAUUCUCCCGGACCACCGAUCGGCCUUAGCUAGAUUUCACCGGCGAUCAUGGCCGGCGACGGCCUCAAAUCGGAGAUCUCCUUCAUCGGAAGCCUCCUCAGCAGCGCCAUUGCCGCUUGUUUCGCCGAGCCAAGGUGAGGCUUCAGCUGCAGAGGAAAGCAUCCACUGCAGACACAAUCGGCGGAGCCAAGUACAGGGGAAUGCUGGGCACUAUUGUGACGAUUGCAAGGGAAGAAGGUUUAUCUGCUCUAUGGAAAGGCAUCAUACCAGGGCUUCAUCGUCAAUGCGUUUACGGAGGACUGCGGAUUGGGUUGUAUGAGCCAGUCAAAGUAUUUUUUGCAGGUGACAAUUUCAUGGGAGAUAUUUCCUUAUUAACAAAAAUUCUUGCUGCCCUAACCACAGGUGCCUUAGCAAUCAUGGUUGCUAAUCCAACUGAUCUUGUGAAAGUACGGCUUCAGGCUGAAGGGAAGCUUCCGCCUGGUGUACCAAGACGUUAUUCUGGAGCACUAAAUGCUUAUUCCACAAUUAUCAGACAGGAAGGACUUGAGGCUCUAUGGACUGGAAUUGGCCCUAAUAUUGCACGCAAUGCCAUAAUAAAUGCUGCCGAAUUGGCCAGCUAUGAUCAAGUGAAACAGACAAUUUUGAAAAUUCCUGGGUUCACAGAUAGUGUUUUUACCCAUCUUUUAGCUGGACUGGUCGCUGGAUUUUUUGCCGUUUGCAUUGGUUCUCCAGUUGAUGUGGUAAAGUCGAGAAUGAUGGGAGACUCGACGUAUAAAAGUACAGUUGAUUGUUUUAUCAAGACACUAAAAAAUGAUGGACCUUUGGCUUUUUACAAGGGUUUCAUUCCAAAUUUUGGCAGGCUAGGAUCAUGGAAUGUGAUUAUGUUCUUGGCUUUGGAGCAGGUAAAAAAGUUCUUUGCGAGAUAAUUACAAGAUUAUAUUUUAAAGAUGGUAUAGAAGCUUCCUUGGUGAAUCAAAUUAACUUUCCCCCAAAUGAUUACACCUACUGCCAAAUGGUAUUUGCAGUAAGCAGGAUAAUUUCGAGCAGCUCAUGAGCUCUAGGCAUCAUAGAGCUCUUGUUGUAAUGGACAAAUUUUGACACAUUUAGCCUGAGGUCAAUCUUGUUGUUUACGAUCUGUUUCCAGACAUACGAAUUUACACACUGCUGAUGUUGUUUCUUGGACUGUAGUUAGAAAAUUGGACUACUAUUUGUUCUUUUUUUUAUUUAUUACUUGGAAGAGUAUUUUAUUAUAUUGUUGCACACUAGUAUCAUUUGUUUUUUAUAUGAAUAAGGUUGGAUAUUGAUGGCAACAUUGUUGUUUAA